AUGUUCGGUAAAAAAAAGAAACCAAGGCAACCAUUAGAGCCAACUAAUUCUACUCCUUCACAUAGUCAGCUUAGACCUGCAAUAAAUUCACCAACCUACUCACAAUAUCCUCCUCAACAAAAUUAUCCACAGUAUCCUCCUCAAAGAACUCAAUCUCCCGAAGCACCUCAAAAUCAUCAGGAUAAUUCAAUAAUUCGCCAGCAUAAAAGAAAUCAAUCUUCUUCUGACUACAGUUGUUCUAAUACAACCUCCUUUUCCGAUAGUGCAAGUUCUACACGGUAUAGUUCUGAAUCAUCUUUCAGAUCAUCUGGUGCUUUCUCUCCAAGUGAAAUACAGGCAUGGGCUGGAAAUUAUUAUAAAGACGCCUUCUCAAAACAAGAUUCUUCACGACCUCCUGAUGAAGAAGUCGAAGAGUUAUUCUUUGAGUUAUUGAAUAAAAGGGAUUUAAAAAACCUUCCAGAAUCUCAAAGAAAACAAAUGUUGGCAAUUCCAACUGAUAAAAAAUGGGCAAAUAAGAUAUCCAGUGGAAGUGCUUCUUCUCUUUCUCAUGAUAAAAACGCUCCCGAAUAUUAUCUUAAAAAAAUAAUGGAUGGUACAAUAACUGUCAAAAUAAUGAAUUCUUUGAGUGUCUCCUUAAGAACUUUACCAAUUACUUGGGUCAGAUCAUUCAUUGAUGCGAAAGGGUUGGAAGUACUUACAAAUUAUUUAAAUAGUAUUACAAGAAAACCUGUAAAGAGAGAAGUUGAUCUUUUAAUGGAAUAUGAGAUUAUCAAAUGUUUAAAGUUAUUAUUAAAUAACAGAGUAGCUCAAGAAGCCUUAUCUCAUCCAACUUGUAUCCAUAGUAUCACAUUUUCAUUAGUUUCAUCUCAACUUAAUACUCGUAGACUUGUUGCAGAAGUUCUUUCUUUCUUUUGUUAUUGUGAAAUCCCGACUGGCCAUAAUUUGGUAUUAGGAGGAUUCGAUCAAUUGAUGCAAUUUCAAAAUGAACAUUAUAGAUUUGAUGCCUGGAUGAGAAUUUUAGAAAAUACUAUUGAUGGUCGUGGUAAAUUAGGAAGUUUGGUUAAUGCUAGUGAUGAAUAUAAAAAAGGUGGAAUCGGUGUCGAUAACUCUUUAAUGGAAUAUUCGUUAUCAAAUUUGAUAUUGGUAAAUUCAAUAAUUGGUGUGUGUGAUGAUGUUGAAGUUCGUUUGGUUUUAAGAAAUCAAUUACAUGCUUGUGGUUUAACACGUAUCAUUGAUAAAAUGAAAUCAUUUAACCAUGAAUUGAUUAAUAGGCAAAUAACCAAAUUUGAAAAUGAAAGAACACGUGCUUACGAUUAUUUUCUGUCAGCUUUACAACAUAUUUUACUCAUUCGCGACGAUGGUGAAUCAAGGACAAGAUAUUUUCAAUUUAUUGAUACUUUGAUUACCCAGAUUGUUUUGGAUAGACGAGGACUUGAUCAGGAUUGGGGCCAUAAUGUUAGUAUAACAGUUUCCCAAAUGCUCAGUAAAUUGACUGACCAGGAUAAACUUCAAACUGCUUUGGAAGAAGCAAAAGAAGCAAAAUCAGUUGCAGAAAAGGCAUUACGCGAAAAGCAAGAGUUACAAAGUGAAUAUAAUAGUCAAGGAGAUGGAACUGUCGUAAAACUUAAAAAUAAAAUUGAUUCGCUUGAAGAACUUCUAAGAAUAUCUCGUCAUACUAUUCAAACUCUUCAAACAAAACUUGCUGACCUUGAAUCUAGUUAUAUUGAAAAGCUUUCCGAGCAAAAGGUUCAGUUACGCGAAUUUGAAAAUAUGUUAAAAGAGCAGCAAAGAAACGAGGCUGAUCCAGAUGCAUUAAACCGACAAGAAAUGAUUAAAAAAUUAGAAAGGAUGCAAGAAAUAGCAAAGACAGAAGCAAAGUUGGAAGGUCAAAAAGUAUGGACACCUCCACUCUUUGGUGAAACCAGGAUGCCUGAUGCAAAUAAUUAUCAUUAUAACGUUGAGCCUUUUUAUUCAGGAGGCUCUUAUCAAAUGCCAAGUACCAGUACGGAUACCAUCCUCGGUUCACAUGAUUCACAGAGUUCUAAUUAUGAUGCACAACCUUUUAAAUCUAGUAGUCCAACCCAAACUUCAACUCCCAAUCAAUAUGGAUAUUCUCAACAACAACAAAAUUUACAAUUUUCUCAAAUCAAUAAUUCUAAUAAUAUUUCACCAGGAGGCUUCAAAAUACCAGACUCAUCUCCUAUACAAAUGCACAACAAUUUUAUAAAAGAACUCGAGGAAUUGUAUCAGAACAAACAAGGAUCAGAAAUAAUUCAAACUAGUGUAGAUGACAACAAAGUUGGCUUUAAACAAAACACAAUGGAUAAUUUGAAUAAUGGAACCCUUGAAAAUCAAUCAGUGUUAUUUAGUAAAAGCGAGAAGACAUCAAGUCAACCACUACCAACAGUUGAUAAUAAACAUGAUAUACAAUAUCGAUUAUCUCAAUCUUCAAAAACAUCUAGAACAGGUGGUCCGCCGCCGCCGCCGCCACCACCACCACCACCACCUCCUCCUCCUCCGAAUAAAGGAAUAGGUGGUCCACCACCUCCACCGCCACCACCACCUCCUCCGAAUAAAGGAAUAGGUGGUCCACCACCACCACCACCACCACCUCCGAAUAAAGGAAUAGGCGGUCCACCACCUCCUCCAAUUGCAGCACCAUUUCAUAAUAUUGCUUCAUCAAAAGGCAAUCUGUUACCGAUAGCACCCAAAAAGAAACUUAAACAAUUACAGUGGGACAAAAUUAAUCAAAUGACUGUUAAACAAACAUUUUGGGGGCAAACAAAUAUGAGUUAUGAUGAACUUCUCAGAUUACUUCGUGAAGAAGGAGAAGUUUUUAAUACUAUCGAAGAAUUAUUUGCGGCAAAAGAAAUAAUAAUUAAAAAAGCUAUCAAAGAAAAGAGAGAAGAAAUUAGAAUUAUUGAUACCAAAAAGGCAUUAAAUCUUAACGUUAUAAUCGGAAGAUAUAAGAACAUGACAUUUGAAGAAAUCCAUGAAAAAAUAAUUGAAAUGGAUAAAUCAUUCUGCUCGGAAAAUUUACUUGGUCAAUUAUUACUAUUUAUACCUACCCCAGAUGAGCGGGGUAAAUUAUCCGUUUAUAAAGAUGCCGGCGAGGAGAUUCUUGAGAAUUUAGCACGUCCAGAUAGGUUUUUCGUUGAGGCAAUGAAAAUAUAUAGAUAUGAACAACGUUUGAAAUUUAUGUACUUUUAUGUUACUUUUGAUGAAAAAUUUAAUUAUCUUCAUGAUGUAAGAAGCAUUGUUCAUAUUUUAGAGGCUUCAAUACAACUUAAGGAAUCUAAAAAUUUCAAAGAACUGUUGAAUCUAAUUUUGUUACUUGGUAAUUAUAUGAAUUCAUCUGGGCACAAAGGUGGUGCUUAUGGUUUCAAAAUUGCUAGCAUUAAUAAGCUUGUAGAUACUAAAGCUUCUACAAAUUCAUCACACACCUUGUUACAUUUUCUUGCAAAUACUAUUGAAAACAAAUUACCACAUAUAAAUGAAUUUAUUGAAGAAUUAAAAGAUUCUGGAUUGGCUUGCAGAGUUUCACAGCAGGAGAUGACUGGUGAAUAUAGGUUAAUAGGAACAAAGUUAAAUGAUCUUGAAGUAGAGCUUGAUAAGAAUUUUACAGAUGUAGAAUUAGAAGAGAAUGAUAGAUUCCCAGAAAUAAUGAGAGAUUUUGUUAAAAGGACUAAAAGUCAAUUUGAAGAGCUUCAACUUAAAUAUACUUCAAUGGAAGUUGCAUAUAAAGAUGUUGUAUCAUACUUUGGAGAAGAUCCAAAAAGUACUAAGCCAGAUGAAUUUUUUGGAAUUUUCAAAACAUUUAUAUCAUCUUAUGAACGAGCAAGACAUGACAAUAAAGUACAGAAAGAACGUGAAUUGGUCCUUCAAAAACGAAUAGAGGAGAUUGAAAGUCGAAAAAAGAAACAAAAGGACAAAACAAGUAUCAGUGUCAAAGAAGGCAUUGCACAAGAUUCUUCAGAAGAAAAAUAUCUUAUGGACAAUUUAUUAGAGACAUUGAGAGAUGGGAGGGAUUUGGAUACAAGAACAAGGAGAAAACGUGGAGCAGGAAAAGAAAAAAGGAUAGAAAGAAGUAUGUCAAUUGCAGUCAAAGCAGAAUCUAUUUUGAACAGGCUUAAAGAAGAUGCUCCACCAGUACCAGAUUUGCCUAUAAAAGAAAUUUUAGCUGAAUAA